AUGAAAGAUGCUAUCGAAGAAGAGAGCCAUGAAGAACACCUUGCUGAUGGCUCAAAGGUCAAGCACAAGCUGAUGCGGGUACGCUCAGAAAGUAUGGACAAAAAGACCACAGAGAGAAUGGUGGAAGUAAUAGAAAAGUUAAAGGCUCCCAAAGAGCAUGUAACAGUUGAAGAAAGUGAAGAUGUUUUACCUGAUGGUACAGUUCAUCGUGUACGAAAAGUAAUCAAACAUUCUGUUUCGCAUAUUGAGCGACAACAUCGGCAUGAGGGUCUUGUUGAGAAGGUUUUUGAUGGUGAUGUGAAAAUCCCAGGUUCUGAAUCUCAGGAAACGCUGGAGACUUUCGAGAAGCCCCCAUAUCCUGAGACAGUUGUCGAGCAUGUGGAUGAAGUACUGCCAACAGGGGAAGUUCAAAAACGAAAAGUAAUAAAGAACCGUAUGAUUCACCGAAUCAAGACUAGGCAUCAAUCAUUUGAUGCUGACAAGGGUCCACUGAAUGAAGAAUAUGAAAUUGAUGAAGUUAUACCAGGCACAGAAAGUACCUGGUAUACUGAUUCUGCCAAUGUAAGCAGUGAAUCUGAAAGUGAUGUUGAAGAGCAACAAGAAAAGGUUGAUCUGGGACGAGUUGAAGAAGUUACUGAUGAUGGAUCAGUAAUCACCAAGGAAAUUGUGGAAACACGCACCACUACCACAAGAACUGUUCAUUCUCGUUCAGGCUCUGUUGAUAGGGAAACUACGGAAUCUGUCGUGACAGAGGAGUUCAUCACUCCAUCACCAAGUCCAAGAUCGGCCUCACCUUUGGACCCCAAAAUGGAACAGUAG